ACAAGAGGAGGAGAAGACGAGAGAAGUUGAAGGUAGGGAAGGCAGGCCUUCUCACUUUCGCUCAUCAUUCUCCUAUUUAACACGACAGUCGAACGACUCCCAUUCCCUCUUGACGACGCCUUUCAUUCCCCUCCACCCGCGCCCAGCAGGCCAAGAAACUCACCACCUUCCGACACCCAGCAAUGGCAGCUUCAUCCUCUGCCAUUCCGGAGCUUGACUCUCCCACUCCUUCCCUCUCGUCCUCUAGUUCAGCAGACGAAGGUUCCUACUCCUUCACCGCACACCCUCCCUCGACAAUGGCCUCCGCUUCUGCACCAGACCCUCCCUCUCUCACAGCCCUCCUCCUCUCGCUUAGGGUCAUGCUCCUGUCACACCUCGCUGAUGUCGAGUCGAGAAUCGCCAAUUUUGACGCGUCAAGCCUGCCAAAACUCUUUGGUGGAUCACCUUCUGACAUUCUGGAGAAUUCUCCAGCCGCAGAGGACAAUAUUGGACAAGAUGGCGCGUUGAGGAAGUCGCGAAGGAUGUCACGCACUGCAAGCGAGGAAAUCUCGACCCUUCUUGAGUCAAUUCGCGCCGAUGUUGCCCGACAUCUUCCCGCGUUGGAUAUCGAUUUCGAGCUCCCCUCACUUCCAGACUUCGACCUCCCUACCCUACCAGCACUUCACCUCCCCGAGUCUCUGUUUGACACUAUCCGAGCUCAUUCCCCUUCCUUACCGAGCAAUUUUAUUCCCUCCUUGAAGCACCGGCUACAGUCGCUUGCCUCCCUUGCCGCGACGCCGCCUCAGCUCCAGACGCUCCUCAGCUAUGCGGAGAAGGUCCCUCUGGCAAUGGACGAGUUCGAGAGCUCCAGCGAGGAAGAAUUGCUUUCCAAACGCGAGGGUAGGGCCAAGGGAGAGGAAGGGGUAAGCGCAACUUCCGACGAGGAAGACGUGCACGAGCAGGUACCGCUCAUCGUAGGGGGCAGCAAGACAACACGGGCAGAAGUACGGAGGGCAUUGGUGAGAUCGAUCAACGGGGAUAGGCUGAUUCGGUUUGAGGACUUGCCGCAUAAAUGGAAGAACAAUGAGUUCAUCCACACGGGCUAUCGGUUCAUUCCUUUCUCUCGAUGGCCCCUCCUUGCGGCGUCUCUAUUCCAAUGGCACAACGAGACGAUCAACAUCCUCUCUCACCUUUUGCCUACUGUGCUUUUCCCUCUCAUCUCCCUCGUUCCUAUCCCCAACCUCCCCUUGCCGACCUAUUUCUGGCCCUCUUGGCUCGAGAUGCCCGACGUGACCAUCGACGUCCUUCCGUACUGGUAUUUCUGGAGUGCGGCCGCUUGCUGCCUCGCGUGCUCCGUCAUAUGGCAUACCAUGGCCGGCUGCUCGGACAUGCAUGUCUGUGAGUGGGGCGCGCGAGUGGAUUAUGUAGGCAUUGGCUGGCUCAUCUCUGCCUCCAUCACCUCUGCGAUCUACUAUGGCUUCUACUGCGACCCACACACCGCCGCUAUCUACGCGGCCUUCUCCAUCCUCACCGGCGCGCUGGGCACGGUCCUCCCUUUCAUGCACUGGUUCAAUCAGCGCAAGAACAAGAAAUGGCGCAUCGCCUUCUUCGUGACCUGUGCCCUCUCCGCUCUCCUCUUCUUUGCCCAUCUCUCUUUGGAGCACGGCAUCCACGCUACUGGAGAGUUCUACGCACCCAUAGUCCCGAGCGUGGCGGCGUACACCUUCGGCCUCUGCUUCUACGCCUGGCACUUCCCCGAGUGCGCGUUCCCAGGCAGGUUCGACUACAUCGGCGCGAGCCACCAGAUAUGGCACAUUUCCAUUGUUGCUGCAAUCUGGCUCCACUAUCGCGCCAUUGCGAGCUGGCAUGUUGGUGCACUAGAGUACGCGUGCGCCGCUCCCUAGGAAACCGGAGUCCAUCAACGGCGAACUUCCGACAGCUUUGUAGAAGAGACGAGGCGAUGAUGUGUCUGAUCUACUCAGCCGGUUCGGCGAAGAUCAUACGAUGCCGAGUCUCCUUCCGGCUAUUGAUGUUGAAGCUGUGGACUGGACUGGACUGGACUGGACUGUAGACUAAGUCGAAAGACCAUCCGCGUAGAUUAAAUCGGUGACCGCUCCAUUAGAAUGCGGCUCGGAGUGGUGAACACUUUCAUAUUCUGAUCCUCUCCCCCCC